UUUAUUUAUUGUUCUUGAGCCAAAAUACUGUUAUUAAAACCCCGACACCCCGCACAGGACAGAUGGGUUCAUUAACGAUCAGCAGCUGCAGCGUUUAUUCGUUUAAAAUGAAGGGUGCCAAUAUUUAUUCUGCACCCCGCUGAAUUUCAAGCACACGGUCACACGGGUACACCCCUGACGGCGCUUCUUCUCCUUCUCUGGUCACGAUGAUGGGUUAUUUAACAAAAAAACAGCCAGGAGGUAUAAUCCUGUGUAUCGAUUGGUCUUGUGGGGAAAAAUCUGAUGAAACCGAAGAUUGGAGUCUGAUCUUGCGUACACACUCUACUGCUCUCUGCAGUCUAAUUUAAUGUCCGUGUUCAACACGGUGAAGGUCGAGUUUAACGGAAGCUACGUGUUUCCUCUGAACAGUGUCCGGAGUGAACGUGUGUAAAACACUCCCUCCCUCCCUCUGUGUGUGUGUGUGUGUGUGUGUGUGUGCGCGUGUGUGGGGCUUCAGGCGUUUCCAUGUGUGUGUUUGGAGACAGCGCUCAGACUGAAACUUUAAGUAUCUGUGUAUAAAAAUGGAAAUGAAAAAGCAUUGUGUGGGGAUCGGUAUUCGCUCUGAUCACGUGAAAAAAAUUCAUCGUGUAGAAAUGACGUGAAACUAAAAUCGUGUGAAAAUGUGUGUGUGUGUGGGGGGGAAAAAACAGCAUGGGUAAAUAAUCAAUCCUGUAAUAAGUGCAUGAAUAUAACUUAAUCUUUUGUUUAAAAAAAAUAAUAAAAAAAUAAUAAUAAUAAAAGAUGAACACGUGACAAUAAAUGAACGGGGUUAGAAAAUAGAAAUCGUGACAAAAAAAUCUCACGUGAAAAUAAACUGAGGGGAAAAAUCAACGGACUGUAGAGAUCACAAUAAAUAUCACAAUAAAUACAUGUCACGUGUGAAAACAUUGUGAAUGCAAGUGUAGUGUAUAGAGCACACGUGAUCAUGAGUGAAUCGUAAGAAGAAACUGUUUACGUGUGUAAAAAAACAACACCCCACGUGACUUUUCAGUGAGAACUCAGACACUGGGGUUCUGCGGGAACGAGACGCGUCUUUAUGAGACGGGGACGGUUUCCGGUGUCUCGCACGCGCUCCCUGCAGCGAGGCGCUUUAAUUGCAGUCAGAUGGAGGCGCGCGCGAAGCGUUCGAGCUUGCAGGGCGCGCGCCUCAGCGUUCGACAGGCUCUCGUGUCGUGCUCGCGCAGUGUGUGAGUGUGUGAGAGAGAGUGUGAGGGGAACAGAACCGCAGCGCUUCACUAAAACUUUCAGUAAAAUAACAGUAAUAAUAAGUCGGUGAUAUUAAAGUGUCUGAGAGAAACCGCGGGGGUUUAUGGGACCGGGUCGACGCUCGCGCGCUGCGGGGGAAUGUUUCCUGUCACACAAUGCGACUUCUCCUCUUUUCUCUGCUGUUUACUUUCACAACAGGAUUUAACCCGUCAGAGGAGGAUCCCGCUCCACCUCCAGUUCAGUACACGGGCACCGGCGUGGACUUUGCGUCUCCCUCUCGGGACGGUGCGACCGGCGUGACCCGCCGCGCGGACGUUCUGAGGUUCAGGAGCACGCACGCGCUCCAGACUGCGAGUGCACAUCAGGGUGGAGAGUACGAUAAGACCGGACUCAGUGUUGUUCCACAGGAAAGCACACACAAUGGACAGGAAAAAGCUGGAGCCGUGACCUCCGACCUCGCCCACACCGCUCCGCCCUCGCUCUCCGCUUCCAAACUCUCGUUUCCCAAAAAAGAACCAGGCUCGAGUGUCUCCAGCGCCGCGUCACGAUGGCUUUCUGUGAACACGGCAGAGAACACGCUUCCAGAAAAUGUCCCACGUGCGCCUACGGUCAGUCGAACUCAUGUAACUACUCCGUUAAAUAAAGCUUCAUGCACCGAGACUUCACUCGAGACUUCUGAAUCGCACGUGACCGACGGACGUGACGCGUCGGUGACGUCAUCAUCGUACGCGGCGGACGAGGGAAGCGAGAUGUCCGGGACUAAUGGCGUUUCUCGUCCUAACCGUAUAAACCAAAACGACCCGGUUACUGAUGAAUCAAAUUUUCUAAGCGAGUCGGUGUCCGAGUUCAAGAGCGUCGCACGCACGGGUUCGUCAGCGACCGCGGACACGGACGCGUCGGAGACCGAGACACGCUUACCCCCAUCGACUCGUAUUAACCAAAACACUUCCAAUCAUACGCUCUCGCCGCUUUUCGCCGAUUCGAGCAGCGUGACUGACGCUCCCGGAGCUUCACUUUCACGUCAGAUCGACACGUCAGCGCUUUCGGACACGUCUAAUCGUCUAGACGCUUCUACUACUACUGCUCCUAGGGACGAGAAGAUGCCGGAGCGUUACGCGUACACUCCAAACACCGACUCCACACCGACCGAGUCCGAUGCUACACCGGCUUCACACACCGUCCACCGUGAACACGCUCCAGUCCCCGAGCACGCUACUGACCCACGGACGAACGGCACCGACGCGCAGCGCACGCCUUCCGAAAAGCUUCGCACGUGGUCGGGUUCGCCUUCGAGUUCCGUUACGUCGACCGGACCGGACUUCGGCUCGUAUUCAGCAGACGCACUCGCUCGGGACGAUCCCGUCGACUCUACCACCGGCUUCCUUCUGUCCGUUCUCACGGGCCAGGGGAACGGUCCUACGACCGCGGAUCUCGAGGAUCCGAUCACAACGCCGUACGACACGACGGACGGUGACGCGGACAUAGAAGCGAACACCAUGACAUCAGAUUCGAAUAAUCCUUCUCACGUGACGACUCGUAGCACGAGACCGACGCCGGUCACACACCACACUUCGUCGACUUCCAGGGACGAUCCCGCGACAGCUACGCCUCCGAAUCCUGCUGUCACACCGCCGUCGCACACACUCGACAUGGCUACACCACCGUCGCACACACUCGACACUGUUACACCGCCAUCGCACACACUCGACGCCGUUACACCGCCGUCGCACACGCUCGACACGGUCACACCGCCGUCGCACACACUCGACACUGUUACACCGCCGUCACACACACUCGACGCCGUUACACCGCCGUCGCACACACUCGACACUGUUACACCGCCGUCGCACACGCUCGACACUGUUACACCGCCGUCGCACACACUCGACACUGUUACACCGCCGUCGCACACACUCGACAUGGCUACACCGCCGUCACACACACUCGACACGGUCACACCGCCGUCGCACACACUUGACACGGUCACACCGCCGUCGCACACACUCCCCGCUGUUACACCGCCGUCGCACACACUCGACACUGUUACACCGCCGUCGCACACACUUGACGCCAUUACACCGCCGUCGCACACACUUGACACGGUCACACCGCCGUCGCACACACUUGACGCCAUUACACCGCCGUCGCACACACUCGACGCCGUUACACCGCCAUCACACACACUCGACACCGCUACACCGCCGUCGCACACACUCCACACCGUUCCCACCAGUACACCGUCGGCAAACCCAAUGAGUCGAAGUUUAACAACGUCCCGAAUCCCAAACCGUCUCGCUACAAGCGGAAACACACCGAUCGUCCAGCAACCCAAAACAACAACAACAACAACAACAACAACAACACAGCAAGUGCACACAAACACUCGCUCUCAGCCUGGAACAUACACGCCUUUAACACCCGUGAUCACUCCAACAACUCCACGCCGCACGCUCGCUCCGAAAAACCACAAAGAUUGGUCACACAAGGGGCGGGUCUUCAUCAUGGAGGACCAACCAGCAAUCACCAACGAGGAAACGUUCGAAGUGCUGUUGCAGGUGAUCCUGGAGGAGAACUCACCCCCGGACGCAGGACUUGUGGAGGUGGAGCCUUUUUUACAAAAUGUCGCAGGGUACCGAAGCCAGCAUGUGACCUGGCGCAGUGGUCCAGUUCUGCAGUCCGUGGUGAUGUUCAGGACAGCGGAGGCGGUCUCCUGGCUCGGGAGGGCGGAGUCUCUCUUGCAGGAGGCGGGGCUGAGACCACUUCCUGCAGGAGGGAUUUUUGUGAGCGGCGUCCGGGUGAAAAACAUCACAGUGGGAGGCCCGCCCAGUGAUACGUGUUCUUGGUUGUUUUCUUGUCCGUCCGACUUCUACUGCGUCUCUCUCUCGGGGAACGUCACCUGUAGAUCCAUGUGCCACUCCGAGUACUGCAAGAACCAUGGUAUCUGCGUCCAUCACGCUGCACAGCCCCCGGUCUGCCAGUGUCCUGUGGGUGAGGAUUUUUGGUUCAUGGGUCAGCGCUGUGACCUGCGUAUGACCCGACAGAGACUGGCCGGUGUGUGUUUCGGUGUUUUGGCCUCCAUAGCAGCUGUGAUGGCGCUCCUGGCUUAUCUAGCUGUGCAGCGUUUUAAGAAAAAGCUCAUUCAGGCAAAAGCAGAGCAGACAAAGAGCAGUUACCGCAGGUUCAACCACUUCGAUGAGCUCUCAUCUCGUUUUUGGAGAAGAUCCUGGCCCGGAUCGGAGGACUCGCUGGAUAACACCGCGUUCAGCCGCUCUGACGAGUUACUGCACAUGAGAGCGCUGGACCGCGCCUGCUGUUACCACGACGACACACUCUCCAUCGCCUCUACCUACCCGGAUAGCGUCACGCGCCUCAAUACGGUGUAUCCUCACAGCUCCCAGUAUCAUUGGGACAUGAGCACGUGCAGCCUAGCGGACGGCGUGAUCGAUUCAGGAAAGGCGAGCGACCUGUCCGUGUGCAGCUGGCCGAUCGAACCCAUCCAGUGGACGCCUUUCCCUUUACUACAGCAACUCAGAAAUACAAACACAGUGAAACCCUCUCGUCCUCGGUCGUACUGCGAGGGCAUGGAGCUGGUGGGUGUGGAGAAGAGCCGGACGGCGUAGCGAGGGAUCAGCGAGGGUCAUCACACACACACUCACACACACUCACACUCACACUCAGGACUCGGAUGAUGUAUUUACUUGAAAUUGUAGAAACGGAGUGUGUAACACAACGCGGUUUAUUUCGGGAGACGCUCUUCUCUUUCGCUGUGAAAGAUUAUUGUGCUGUUUUUCAUAUCAUUUGAAUUAAACGUUACUCUUUAUA